GUAGCUCCAUUGUUCCUUCUCACAAUGGCAACUUCUAUUGUUUCAAUAGUCAUUUUCUCCUUAUUUAUCUUCUCCUCUUCUUCAAAUGCUAAGAGCUCUCGAAAACCCGAAGCCUUCACUUUCCCAAUCAAGAAAGAUGAUUCAACCAAUCAGUACUACACCAAUAUUCAAAUUGGUUCCAACAGCACAAAAUUCAGUGUUGUGAUUGAUUUGGGUGGCAAAUUACUCUACUUCAACUCCAUCAACUACUCUACCGCCUCGUAUCGCCCCGUUCUUUGUGGGACCCCACAAUGCAGCAUAUCCAGCGGAGGUGGCUGCAUGUUCUGCGUUUUUUCGCCUCCCGACACGCCGUGCACCAACAACACGUGCACGGACUACGCCCUCAACCCUUUCUCCGGCACUCGUGGGUGCAGCCCCUUGGGUCAGGACUCCCUUCUCGUGCGCUACGCACGUGGGGCCCACCGCUACUACACCACCGUGGAUAAUUUCCCGUUCCAAUUUUCGGACCCCGUCUUACGGGAAGGCCUUGCGGGUCCUGCCGCAGGCCUGAUCGGCCUGGGCCGGACCCGGAUCUCGCUGCCGGCGCAGAUCGCAUCGGCUUUCGGGGUCCGCCAGAGAUUCGCGCUCUGCCUUCCGCCAGCUGGCGGCGACGGUAAUUUGAUAGUUGGAGAGACGACUUAUAGCAAUCCCCUUGAAGGAAUCUCAAAGUCGUCUCUUUUCACCACACCCCUCAUAAGAAAUCGUGUGAGCACUUUUGGGAAUGAAGUGAUAGGCAAUCUGACUCAUGAGUACUUCAUCGAUGUCAAGUCUGUUAGAGUUGGUUCGAAGACACUCUCGUUGAACAAAACACUGCUUUCGAUUAACAAGAAAGACGGAAGUGGAGGAACGAGCAUUCGGACCGUGAGGGCUUAUACCGGUCUGCACAGAUCGAUUUACAUGGCUUUGAUCGAUGAAUUUGUGAAGGCUGCUGCUUCACAGAAUAUUAAGAGGGUGGCUUCUGUGGCUCCUUUCGGGGCUUGCUUCGGUUCGAAGACAGUUACAAGCUCGAAGACGGGCCCGCAAGUGCCGACUAUUGAUUUUGUUCUGCAUAAGAAGAGUGUUUACUGGAGGUUUUAUGGCGCAAACUCGAUGGUUAGAGUUAGUGAUGAGGUAAUUUGCCUUGCGUUUGUGGAAGGGGCAACAAAUUUGGUAGGGCCAACAACGUCGAUAGAAGUGGGAGGAUAUCAAAUGGAGAACUAUCUGCUCGAGUUUGAUGUGGCUUCUUCCAAGCUCGGGUUUAGCUCUUCACUUUUGCUGCACGAUACAAGUUGUUCCAAGUUCGGAGCUUCCUAAGUUGUUGGAUUGAUUUCUUGGGAAGUGCUGUAAAAUUUUAAGUUCGGUUUUUACGUUUGCAUUGUAAUAGUUGGAUCAUGUUCCGCGGUGUUGGUUAUUGGCAUCAUUGAAUGAAGUAACGAGCUGAUUGAGAUU